AUGGUAAGAAAGAGUAGAUUCAGCAAAGUUCCAUCUCUUCCCAGUAUUCCAAAGACUAAUACACAUCCGUAUGGGCACCGCCUCUCGGCUCAAGCUGUUGCCCAAGCUUUUGUGGAACGGUACUAUCAGGUUCUCCAUGCACAUCCUGAAGAUGCUCAUAAAUUUUAUAAAGAUCAAAGCAUCUUAUCCCGUCCAAACGCUGAUGGGUCAAUGCGGACAAUUACAACGGCGAAGGGAAUUAAGGAUGAGAUCAUGGCUUCUGAUAUAAAGGACUGGACUACCAAAGUACUCUCGAUGCACGCUCAGGACUCAUUAGAGGAUUCGGUUUUUAUAGGAGUAGCAGGCGCUUUGCAUAACAAAGACAACGCGACGAGAUACUUCUCCCAGAAUUUCUUCUUGGCACCACAAACCAAAGGCUUUUAUGUGCACAAUGAUUUCUUUCAGUUUAUAGAUGAAGGGAUCAGGCCCAAAAUUACUGAAGAUUGUGUUCAGAUUAUAAUGAAAGACAAGUGCACCUCUACAGAAGAUGAUAUUGAUAAUAGAAAUCAGAUUAGUGCCGAUUCAUCAGACACGAAGAAUUCAGUACUUCCAGAUGACCAAAAGAUCAGCGCAUCCCCCAUUGCACAAUCUGUUUCAUGCACUGAUCAAGAAGUUGUAAAAAAAGUGUCCUAUGCAUCAAUCGUGAGCUCACUUCGGGCACUCUUUAUAUUUCAGGUCGCGAAAGCUAGUUCAUUACCCUCCUCGAAUGCUGCUGUUAAAAUUUUGCAAAACAAAGAGAAGCAAUCACAUGACCCUCCAUCUGUUGUUCCUGUCAAACCAUCUUCUCCUCCAAAGAAUGCCGAAGGUACCAUCACAGAAGCUGCUCAUAAGGUUCUUGAGAAGGAGCAGAACCACAAAACAAGCUCUACAGAAGAAUCUAGUGGUGCCAAGAACGAUGAUCAGCUGGUUGAAAAGAAUUCACCUGAUUCAGACGGCCAAGAAUCUGCCAACAAAGAGACUUAUGCUUCCAUUGUCGCAAAACCGAUUCCCCCUCAAGCAUCUAGGCAGGUUUUGGCAGAUAAACCAUCAUCAAGCACCAUUUCUACCAUUCCUCCUAAACAAGGCCCUGCUCCUAGCUUUGUGAGGACAGUUCUAAUCAAAGACAUCCCGCCACAUUUGAAGCUCAAUGUAUUGACCAAAGCAUUAAGAAGUCGAUUUGGAUCUCUUAACCACAAGUAUAUCCAGAUCCAAGAAUACGAGGAUGGAUAUCGUUAUGCUUUUGUGGAAUUCAAUCAACCGAAAUCUGCACGUCAAGCAGUUCAGGUUGGUUCUAUUAAGUUUGCUGACUGGGAAUGCCAAAUUGAGCCCAAGAAAUCAAAACAAGAUUCGGAAGCUCGUGGUGUUCGUGGCAGCUGUGGUACCAACCGCGGUGGCAACUGUUGUUCAUCCAUUUAG